CAAAAGUGAAAGACACAGGGCGGCGGCGACGGCAACUCCGCGAUCGCGAAAAGCUACCGCCAGAGAGUUUCGUGAGAGCACAUUCGCCGUUCGUUCAUUGGUGUGCAAAAGAACGCCCAAAGCGUUAGCCUGCCUGCCAGUUUGGAUCGGAGCGGCCGCAGACAUAGUCAAGGCCUUGAUCCGCUUUCUUUGCGUACGAGAGCGCUCGCGAAACGUCGUCGUAGUCGUCGUCAUCGCAGUCGUCAGUCAGCACCGCGCAUUGCGACGGGCGAACAGGAAUUUCAAGUGUCGCCACACAUUACCCUGCGCAAUUGAACCCUCCGUCUUCUUCUGUCCGGAAGUAUAUCCGCUAUUCAGUAAUUCCGUUUCCUGGUGAACGUUUCGAGACAGAAUCAGAAUUGUUGUGCUGUGUGAUUAGCGACCCCCGGUUUUGAGAAUGUUGGAUAGUUUUGUAGUGAAGAGAAAUCGAAAACGAAACUAAAGGGGGAAAACAGGGUGAAAUGUGUAGGAUAGCCCCCAGCAGCCAGUGAGAGUUGAAGUCAGUCACACAUAAAUACACGCGCACAAAGUGGACGCGAGUGAGUGAACCAAAUAUAGAUACUACACACCUGAGUAAGCGGGAGAAAGGCAGACACAAACAUCGACAAAACAACAACCACAACACAAGAAGAGGACCAAUGACAACUUUCAUGUCGCGAAAAUUCCACUACUUCAGCAGUGUGCGAUGGAAAUUCGCAUUUGGCGAAUUUCUAGCGUAUAUAGGUUUAGUCUACGCAGUAUUAGCCGUUACAGUAGGAUCGCAAAAAUCGGAGGACGGCCCGUACCGGGGUAAAUAUAUCGGCAAGUUCAACUCUUACCACCACCAGGCAUCGGGCGAUGUGUACGCGGUGGACGAAUACACCUUCCUGCUGACCGGUUUCAACUACGAUGGCAACGGAGUGGAUACCUUCUUCUGGUCCGGUGCGAGUAACCGACCCGGACCGCAGGGGUUCAUAGUUCCCGACGAGUAUGGAAAAACGAACAUCCUCGAGCGGUACUUCAACAAGGAUUUCACCCUCCGCCUGCCGGACAACAAGAAGAUUACCGAGGUCAAAUGGCUGGCGAUCUACGAUUUGAACUCGCAAAACAACUUCGCCGAUGUGUACAUUCCGGAGGAUUUCGAACCGCCACUUCCGCAAAAGGCGGGAAGCUUGUCUCGGAACAGUCACGGCGUGAGCAGCGAAGGGAUCGAUAUACUGGACUCGAAGACCAUUCGUAUUCCGGAGUUUAGCUACGACGGGAAGGGACGAGAGGUGCACUUUUGGGUUGGCGUUGGGCCCUCGCCGUCAUCCAAGGGACGCAAAGUACCGGACGAGAUGGGAUAUUUGGACCCGAUACGGGCGUACGAUCGGGAAACUAUCACUCUGGAAUUGCCCGGCGACAUGACCAUCUUCGAUAUCGAUUGGUUCGCAGUGUAUGACGUUGAAACGAGGGAGGAUUUCGGCUCGAUUUUGAUUUCCGAUGAUCUCAAUGUGCCGCCGUCACUGGUGAAGGUGACACCCCAUGCUGAUUCGCUGCCGAAUUGUCGUCAGCUGCACAAGGACUAUCGGGUUUCGUGGGAGGUGUUCGGUCCUCAGAUAACGUUCCAGCUGGCCGGCAAUGUGAAGGAAGAUGAGUACAUGGCAUUCGGAAUCAGUGGUUCCGAUACGAAGAGUCAGAUGCAAGGGGCAGAUGUGGUUGUGGCGUUCAUUGAUGGACAUCAGGGGUACGCGGUGGAUUACAACAUAACAUCACUGGCGCCGUGCGUCCAGGUAUUGGGCCAGAAUAAGGGCGUCUGUCGGGACGAUCUCGUUGGGGGGCAGGACAGUUUUCAGCUGCACACGUUCAGCCGGGAGGACGGGAUCAAUACAAUCACCUUCCGGAGGACACUCAUUUCAUCUGAUAACGGUGACAAGGAGUUUGUCUUGGAUCGACCGUCGUACAUUGUGUGGGCCUUAGGUCGACUCGAUUCGAACAAUGAGCCCACUUAUCAUGACGUGUAUCCGAAGAAGGAUAUCAUAAUGUCGUUCAACACGUCGGAGCCGGUUAACGAUUGUUUCAGUUUUACGCGAAGUGAGGCCAAUUUGAAGGAUGUUUGGGAGCGAUCGCAAAUCUUCGAUCGGAUGAUUCGAUCGUUUUCGGCAACGCUUGGGCCGGCUGGGGGAAAGCGUGGUUAUCAGGGUCUAACAGGGCAUGUUUCCAACGGGCUGGCGUGGUACAUUAACGGUCUCUUGGUACCGGAGCUAUGGCUCAGGAGAGGACUUACUUACUCAUUUAAGGUGCGCGGGGGCAAUAAUCCGCACUCUCCUGAGUUCUACCAUCCGUUGGUGAUAACUGACGAACCACGGGGUGGUUUCGAUCGCCUCUCCGAUGCUAAGCAGAGCGAAAUACGUGUGCUAGCGGGGGUGGAGUUCACCCGUCGUGGAAGGCCCAAACCUACGGCUGCCGGGCCGCUGUGCCUGGCACGCCAUCCAGACAGCCAGGACCGCCGUUUGGAUGACAACUUCGCGACGUUCAAGAAGUUCAAUCGGACACUCAAGUGGAGCUGCGAGUCGGGCGACCCGGCCAUAUUGGAGAUUACGCCGAACUCGAGUUGGCCCGAUGUGGUGUACUACAACAGCUUCACCCACGCCAACAUGGGCUGGAAGAUUCACAUCGUGGACAGCUAUAGCAGCACGGCGAGAAACGGGGGGCCAACGAGCGGAAGCAACAUAAGACUGGUAGUAGCGGCGGCAUUGCUGCCUGCCCUGCUUGGGGCGUUCAUCUCAGGUGUGUUCUCGAACGUUUGACGAGGUAGUAUUUGUUUAUUAUUAUUAUAUUAUUUAAAUUGAUGCGGUGACUAUCGGCGGUCCGGGAGAAAAAUAAACGAAAGGA